UUUAAUCUUAAAGCUACAAUCUCGAUUUUGUAAAGUUAUCUUUGAGAUUCUUCUAAUCUUAACUAAGUAAAUAUUUCAUAGGUUAUGGUUAGUUAACUAGGAAUUGUAAAAAAGAAGUACAAAUUUAGAUUCUGCAGAGUUACCUGACUUACAAAUUUAAUUACUUACCAAAAUGAGCGGAAAUCCACCAGUUUAUUACGAUGCGGAGGCAGUGCGUCGAUUUCUCACCUGGCCGCUGGUCACCGAGGCAGUGGAAUCGGCCCUCAAGGCCAUAGUUAAGACUACCUCCUCAUCCUCAUCCUAUGCCAUCCAGCCGAAGAGGAGCUUCACCGCCUGCGGCAAGGAAGGAGCAGGGAUUCUGCUCACCAUGCCCGCCUUCGUGGGAGAUUACAGCCUGGGUUCCACGCUGGCCUGCAAGCUGGUGACCUCGUUCAGCGGGAAUAACCAGAGGAAUCCCCCUUUACCCAGCAUUCAUGCCCAUGUCCUGCUCUUCGACCAUCAAACCGGUCGACUCUCGGCCAUCAUGGAGGGCACCGACCUGACCACCUGGCGCACAGUCGCCGCCUCGCUGGUGGCCACCAAAUAUCUGUACUUCCGGCGCUUCGGUUUGCAUUCCGAGCGGGAAAUGCCUAUCAACGUGGCCAUCGUGGGCUGCGGCGUCCAGGGGCAACUCCAUGCGGCGGCCUUUUGUGCCAACUUUCGGGUGCAGCAGCUGCGUCUGUACAAUCGCACGGAGGCGAGAGCCCAGGAAUUGGCAAGGGAAUUGGUUGCCAGGUUUAGUAACACCCAGAUAAUAGUUAGCCCAAGUGCCAGGGAAGCUUGCCAGGAAGCGGAUGUCAUCUGCAUAGCCACCUACGCCAAGGAGCCGCUCAUCUAUCGCAAAGAUCUAAAACAGAGCCAUCGAGGAGUUCACAUUAAUGCUGUGGGUGCCGGCGAAGUGCACUUUUCGGAGCUGUCUCCGGAUAUUUACCAGCAUUCGAAGGUCUAUGUGGAUUGCUAUGCCAAUGCCGAGUCGGAAUUGGUGGGUCUGCCAGCCGAGAUCACCGCCGAACUGGGUUCUGUUAUCCUGGAGGGAAAUUAUCCGGGAUCAGCGGACAUCUCCAUCUUCCAGUCCAUGGGCAUGGCUUCGGAGGACGCCUGUGUGGCCCAGGCGCUGCAGGAGGCCAUCCUCGCCAGCGCUUGACUUUAGUGUUCUUGGGUUGCUCAUGAGUGGGUGAACGAG